CAAAUCUCUCUACCUCUGGGGAAAUUCAAAUCAGCCAUAUUUCUGGAAGCCACUGGCCGACGUAAGAAGAACUUUGAGAGUUCUUGUUUACUCAUACUUCACAGAUGAAUCAGGAUCAGGAGCUAUGGGAGCUCGAGGACUGGUACCCACCUCUAUGCCCACCGGAGACCCUCAAGGAGGACCUACUCCGAGAUGAAGACUUCACAGAGGUGGACAAGGACGCUCGGGCGAAACUCGAUGCACCAAAAGAGAGUUUCAACGAACUUGUUCAACACCUCACCGGUCAUUUGAGCUCCGAUCUACACAAGUUAAGAACCAUUUUUGUGUGGAUGAGCGCUCAGAACAUAGGAUGUCGACAAGAGAUAGGCAGCUGUGGAGACAACAACAGUCCAGACUAUUACCUACAGGAGGCAUCAAAAUAUAAUAGUUUAAUCGGUAAAAUGUUUGCCAAGAUGUGCAGAGCUGCAAGAAUCCCAUGUGUUCUUGUGAACGGCAAGGCAAAAGGUACAACCUACGAGCCAGGUGAUGUCGAUAUAAAAGGACUAGGUACCUGGGCAAUUGUUUUCGUGGCAAACAGCUGGCGGUUCGUGUUUCCUUUCUGGGCCUUUGCAGCAGCAAGUGGUUACCAAAAGGAAAAUUUGGUGCUGAUUGAGGAUUCCGGAACACCAAUAAGUCUCACAGCAAAUGAGGGUACCCUGACGCCCAUUUUCAACGAAUUUUAUUUCCUGACUGACCCUGAGGAGAUGAUUUACAAAUGUCACCCAUAUGACAGAGAGAAACAAUUGCUGACUGAACCAUGGACACAAGAGAAGUUCGUUGAGUCGCCUUGCUUACAUUAUCCGUAUUUUUCGUCUGGAUGGAAGCUGACUAACCCGUUCACGUGCGUGAUCAAGUCCACAACUGGAUGGUGUUUCAUCGACAUGUUUAGUCAGGGAGGUGGUUAUAAACUGGCGUACGAGAUGCUUUUCGACGAAAGUCGUUCAGGAAGAAAAUUCCCAAAGGAAAUACAAACGGAACUCUGCGUAACUAUAAUAAAGCGGACUCAGCAGACGGACUCAUUUUUGGUCAGACUUCCAGUAACUGGAACAUACACAUUUACAGUACUAGGAGUUCACGGAGAUGAAAUCAACAGACUAGUCGACUUUCAGAUCGUCUGUGAUGAUGUUGCUCCAGACACACAUCCCUUCCCGUCCUGUCCUGAAAACGGGUUUGGCUUUGGUGAAGCAGCUGCUGAAGCUGGUCUGUUGGAGGCUUCCCACCCGGAAGGGGUUGUGCCUGUCAAAAGUGGUGACGAGGUCAGCAUACACUUCAAGGUUAAAGAUGACGUGGACAUCUCGGCCAGACUAGUCCACUGCACUCGGACACCGGAAGAACUUCGGGGCAAUAUCAUCGUGGAGCGAGAAGAAGAUAAAGUAACGGUCACAGCGAGACUGCCGGCAGACGACCCAACACCAGAAUAUUCCAUUGAAGUCGAUACUGUAAAAAAGAUAACACAAAAAGAUGAAUCAAUAAAAUCAUUGUUCGGUUCUAAGGUUGUGAGUUACUUGCUGACCAGCGAUGAAACACUGAAUGCAGUAAUUACGGACGAAGACAGAAAGAAAAAGUUACAGUUCCACGAAGAUGCUUGGGUCUCUGUUGGCAAGGAUGACGCAGAGAUGUUAGAGAAAGUUGCCUCAAAGGACGAGAGGGCUGAUAUUAAAGACCCGUUAUUAGACAAAAAAAUACGAGCCAAGCAAACAUCCUACAAACGUAUGGUAGAGGAAUUGCGUGUUUCUGCACAGGAAGGAAACUUGGAUGAGCUGAAUCAAAGACUCGAAAAGUGCGAGGCUGCAAACCUUCAGAACAAAGGAGACAUUAAGGACGCCAAGAAAAUUCUAGUGACACUGUUUCAUAAAGAAGUGGAAAAAGCCUUUAAAAGUAAUAACUUGGAAGAACUCCGUGCAUGCUUCAAGAAAAUAGACAACACCUGUGUCAGUCAAAUGGCUCGGGAACAGGCUUGGUUCGAAGAGGGCCAGGAAGAAAUGAAAAAGAUGGUGCAGUCCCUCAGGAAAAAAGACGAGGCGACGGGGGGAAGACUUCCAGACCACGUCUGUGACGUCAUCGUUGCAGCCUUCAUUCUGAUUGGAGAAAACGAGGAGGAACUUGACACGUGGCAGAAGGUCAAUGAAAAACUGAAGGAAACGAACAAAGAACAACUGAUAAAUAAAGUAAACGAUUUGGAAAACCUUUCUAUUAACGGAGAGCUGGUGGAUCUGGCGGAACAGAAACUGAAAGGAGCUCGUGGAACGUUUGCCGAAUACAGGUCAAUAGAAACACUCAAGAAACAGUGCUUGGAGAAGAUCACAUUUUACCGAACUAAAGGAACUCUCAAAAAGAGUGCAAAGUGAUGAACACAAAAGGUACAGGAAGAGGCUGCAGCCUGUCCCCUCUGCUCAUGACCAAGUCAGAAAUGCUUUGGUAAGAGACUCCUAAUCAUUUUUUAAGAAGAAUUUUGCAACUUACUUAAAAGACUCUGUCUCUUAUCAACACCCGGUUUUGUUUAUCAGCAAGAGGCUGGAAGAGCUUUGUAUUUGUCUUUCAUAUAGACUAUUACGCCACCUUUGGCUUCUUACAUGUUUUAUUCAUGAAAACAAAAACCUACACGUGUACUGAAUAUAUUAAAUUACUUUCAUAUUACCAUUUAAACAAGUUGAAAUUCCUCGAACCAUGUAAUUAAAAUGUACGUAAUUGGUGUUUAAAGAACCAGUGUACUUUCUCUUUUACCGCUGUUUUUCUUUGGUUUAUCGGUAUUGUUAGAUUAUCAGUUUAUCUCAGUAGAUAUAUAAUUAUAGAUUAUCAGGUAUCAAUCUGUAGCUAAUUUUUACUUCUCUUGUUGCCUCUAAGUGUUUAUAGCAGCACAUGUUGAGGAAGUCGGGACUAUGUACUGUGACUUAUCUCUGUUUGAUUUGAAAAUAUCAGUGUUGUUUUUUGUCGACUUACUAUAUUUUUACCUUACACAGAAUGUUUUUAGAAUGGUCAGAUGGUUUUUCGGUUAAAUUUUGUUUCAGUACCCGAGGCAAAACGAUAUUUAUGUGAUGUUAUUUACUGGUAGAUUUACUUCAUCUUCUUGUAAAUUUCGUGUCGAAAUUUUUUUAAUGAUGCUGUAUAUGUUUUGUUAUCGGAGUUGCGAUAGUCAGAUAAUAAUAAAUAAUUGAAUGUCCUUUUUAAGAAAUUAAUGUAAAUUAUUGUAUAAAUGUCCAUAUCCUUUAAUUUAAGCAUUGGUCAAUCAAUCAACCAAUAAAUCACUCCGGAACAUAACUGACGGAACGGUUUAAGUGAGUUGCCCAAGAACAAACAAACAUUAUUCUCAGUCUCAUUUUAGCAUUCAUCUAUUAAUGCUCUGAUUCUGAUAAGAAAUCCGUAUAUACCGCUGUCUUUUCCACGAGAAAUAAAAACUCUAGACUCUAGACUAUUCGUGUUUAAUCACGAGACUAGUCACGUGAUUUCCCCAUCACGUGACUAAUGAGCCAGCCAGCAGGCCGAAAGAUUGCAUUGACUCGAACAAGGUCACCGCAAAAGCUGACCCGGAAUGGCAUUUACUCGACCAGAGUGAAAUGUCGAGACAGGAUCGACAUGUGACUGAGAUGUUUUCCUUGAGGAGUCCAUUUUUGUCCUACUUUCUUUCGUUAUGAUUACAAUUGUUUGUUUGGGUAAAUAUACUUUGUUAGAAAAAGCGAAUAUCAGUGAAAGAGUUGAGCGAGUGUGUGUGUGUGUGUGUGUGUUUUACAUCUCAAGACACGUACUAUACAUUCUGUUAAGAACGAUUGACAUGACUAAUAAACUCCAGCUCUGAAUGAUUUUCUAAAGAAUUUUCUAGUCUAACAAAACUUUACAAACUGAAAAGCCAAUUGUAUUUUGACGAUGAUUGCUCGAAUAAAAGA